AUGCAGAUGCCCAGCCAACCUACUGCCAUCUACAAUCAGCAACCAAUCUUUCAUUCCGCCUUCGAGAGCACCAUCAUCAACAUGACACAGCCAACAUCCAUUGACAUGACCUUCGACACGUCCCUCGUCGACGUCAACGCAGCUGCCAAUACCUCCUUCUCGACCACUGAAUCGGACUCGACCGUGGACGGCCAACAAACGUCAAAACGUACGCAAAACCUACAACCGACUACGGCUCCACAGAAACCUUCAACUCCAGUCCAACAUAUCCCAACCCAAGCCGCCUACGACCAAUGGGCUGCCAUCUACGACACCGAUGGCAACAUGCUGCAAGCGAUUGACGAUCUAGAACUUCAGACCCUCCUCCCAGACUUCUUAUCUCAAGUCAAGAGCAGCAGUGCGACAGAACAGGAGCUCCGUGUGCUGGAUCUAGGAUGUGGUACCGGACGUAACACGGAGAAGCUUGUGCGAUACGAUUGGAACGGGAAGAGCGUGGAAGUCACUGGUCUUGACUUUUCGCAGGGCAUGUUGGAUGUCGCUGCGAAGAAGCUGUCGCCGUUGUUGAAGGAGAAUGAUCAGCAAGGGGUGCGGUCAAGACUAGAGUGCUGCGACUGCUUUCCUACUGUCGACAACCCAUCAGUCUCUCCGCUACCUGCGGUGUCAAACCUGCGACCCAUCCAUGCCGUUACUUCCACUCUAGUCCUAGAGCACAUCCCGUUGAAGGAUUACUUCGCCACACUGGCUGCAUUGCUCUUACCUGGUGGCACGGCGUUGGUCACAAACAUGCACGCGGACAUGGGACGCGUCAGUCAAGCUGGUUUCGUUAACGCAGACGGUGUUAAGGUCAGGGGAAGUAGUUAUGUUUAUACUGUGGAGGAGACUGCUGCGGCAGCAAAGGCUGCAGGGCUUAACGUAGUGAGUGUGAACGAGCGGGAGAUGAGGAAGGAGGAUGUUGAGGGUAGUGCUGUGGGAGAGAGGGGUUGGAAGUGGGUCGGCACCAAGGUUUGGUUUGGGAUGGUUUUCAGGAAGACGUCGUAA